UUCUAAGAGAAAAGACAAUAAAAUAAAGAUAUAUAAAUAAACAAAUGAGUAUAGGGGAUAUGAAAGAAUAUUCGUGGUGCAGUGUUAUAUAGUGUCAUCUACAUUAUUCUUAGUAAUAAAUAUCUAUUAUUUAUUAGAAACUCUAGAUAUCCUUUCUUCUAUUGUCACGAAAGAUAGAAGAAUAAGAGAUAGGAGGAAGGAGGGGUGAAACGACGGUGUCGCGACAAUUUCUACAGUCACCCUGCACAAUGAUCGUGCGGAGGUGCUGGUCGUUGAUACUACUAUCUACCGGUUUGAUUCUAUACAUAAGAAUUGGUGGUAUCAACGGAGAACGAUGGUCCAGACAAGUAUCAAACAGCGAUUGGAUUCCUUUGGCCAAUCCAAGAAGUUCAUCGAGUCAAAUCAGGCCGAGUAAUAGUGGAAAUGGACCUAUUUCUUCGGGAAGUCCUUCUUUACCGCAUCUUUCAUCACUCUCUUUACCACCGGCACUUCAAGAACAAUAUCAGCAACAACUUUUGCAAUUGCAAAAGACUCAAGAAAAUAUUCAAAAGUUGCUGAUUUUGCAGGAACAACUUAGAACACAACAACAAUUAUUGCAGUCUCAAACAUUUCUACCGAGUGGCUUCAGUAGCCCGGAAAAUGACAAGCGCAUGCUUCAACAAAAUACGAUACCAAAUUUAUCGGGUGUAUCGGGUUUAAGUUCGGACGUGCUGGUACCACCACUACCUUCAUCUGAUGCUCUUCCACCCAUUUAUUCAGCUCAAAACUUCCUAUCCCAAGGACCACAGCGGUUUCAUCAACGAAUAAGGGGUAAUCAAAAUUUAAACGUUAAAUCUGAAGAAUUUGGAAACUCCCAUAAUAGCAAAAGUCAAGUUGACUACAGCGAAGGUCAUGAAGAUGGUUUGAGAGAAGGACAAAGUCUUGAUCAAUUGACUCAAGUAGAGGAUAUUCGUGAUAACGUUAAAGAUUUCGCCGGGAAGCAAGAAAAAUAUCGGCCAAGUGGAAAACAAGUGAAAGGUCAAACAGUACAAGGUAUUUCAGGUAUAUCUGAAAAUGCAGAGAACGAAAACGAGGAGGUUCAACUAGUCUACGUUCCUAUAGAAACGUUAGCUCAACAAAGAGUUCAACCAAAAAGAUUUCGAGGACAAAAGCAAUAUCCUUUCCGUCAGCAACAGCAGCAACAGCAGAAGCAGCAGCAAUAUCGAAUAAACGAUGAAAAUGAGCAAACGACAAGAGAGCCAGAUACUUUCGGUCGAGAUUUUUUGGACCAAUUGAAGUUCGCAAAGGAAGAACGAUCGAAGGAAGUCGCUCGAAUAGAAGAUGUGGAAAAAGCAUUGGAAAGGAAGGCUCAACUUGAGCAAGAAAUUCUACAAAAAGAACAAGAAUUAGCAAAACAGAAAGAAGAGGAAAGAAGGAGAAAAGAACUUGAGAAAAUCGAAGAAAUAACGAAGCAACGAGAACUUGAAAGACUUCGAGAGGUAAGGGAAAAGCAGAGAUUGGAAGAACUUGAGAGACGAAGAAUUGCAGAAGCUCGUGAGAAAGAGGAAAGACGACGGCAAGAGGAAGAAAAGCGUCGGCAAGAAGAAGAAAAACGUCGACAAGAGGAAGAGGCAAGACAAACAGAAAAAGAAAGACUUGCUGCAUUGGAGAGACAAAAACAAUUGGAGAUUCAACGUGCUUUGGAGGAAGAAAGAAAAUUAGAACAACAGAGGCAAGAGGAAGCUAGCACGAUUGCUCCAAACGUCGAUCAAAAUCAGCCGGACACUCAAACGCUUUCUUUGGCACGUAACAAACAAUUACAUCGACAGCAUCUCGAGGAAACGACCCAUAGGAUAAAACACAGAAAUCGCGUUAGACAACAACGUCCAAGAAUCAAUCAGCAGCCACCUACUACGACUCCACCACCGUCCCCCAAUCAACCUCCUCUUUCCGUUUACAUGGGUGGUGAUAGCAUGGCACCGGACAGAGUAAAAAUUGCGGAUGUUUUAAGGAUUCUUAAGGAUGCUAAAACUAUAGCAGUUUUAGAUACGGUUGUACCUAACAUACCUAAAGUUUUUGUAGGACCAACGAAUUUAGAUCCACCGGCUGGUUAUACGAAGUUUGAUCUCCCGUACUUAUCGUCAAUCGAUCAUAAUCGAGUUGAAAGGAAGGUAGAUAAAUUACCAUUUUUCGUAGCGCCGUUAAGCUUCGAUCCACCACCGGGAUAUUCUAAGAUCCCAUUCCCAGCUCCUCAUAUUGGAUCCGUUGUCGUGAAUACGAUCGAUGCUUCAUCUCCCGAACCUGAUACACCAGAAAUUAUUCAUAAUCCUAGCCCGACGCCUCUUAUAGAGCCCAAUUCUUAUAUCGAUGGUACUGGAAGUAAUUUAGGUCGGAUAGAUCCUACCACACUAAGCUACGAACAUUCAACUACAGCUGGUUACACUCAAGAAUUGUCGAGUACACCAAAGUAUGAUACUUCGUAUUCUACGAUAUCAAAUCCUGGUGGUUCUAGAUUCCGAUUUAGGCAAUCGUACGGAGAUAAUAAUCCUCCUUCUGUAAUCGACACUAUUUACCGAGAUGAAUCAUCAAUUCCAACUGGAAAGUCCAAACAAAAGGCAUAUUACAAUGAAGAUUCCAGACCUGUAGCUCCUAAUUUAGCACACGAAACUAGAUUAGGAGGUACCACUGCGACUGCUUAUCAAGAGGAAGCAAUUUAUUCGAGUACACCGAAUUAUCCAGAACACUCAUUGAGAACACUAGAUGAUCCUUUGACGAAAGAACAAGAUUUAGCUGGACAAUUAGCUUUGAUUAACCACGAACUUGCUAAACAAAGAGAUGCCAACAACAACAACAAAAAUUCCUUUGUAGAACACCAAAACACAUAUACGCAAUCAGAACCUCAUCUGAUCAAUUCUUUUCAACCUCUACUUUCUCCGAAUGAUGUUAACGAAGUAAGAGAAUCUGUAGGCCUAACGCAAUAUAAUUUACCUGCUGAAUUACCAAUCUCACCCCAUCUACCUGGCUUGGUAAAUUCUUUGCUAGAGAAGCAGACAACGAUUCCAACCACUACAACGACACAUGUUGUAACAACACCAGCGUAUACAAAGGCUACGACCACAACUACUACAGCCAGACCACCAUCAACUACUUAUAGACCACGUUCACGUCAUAGGAGUAGGAUAGUACCCACACGACCAACUACCACCACAACACCUACAACAUCUAUUACUAGAACGACUGCAGACAGAUCUAGAAGACCUUACAGCAGAACGAGAAGUGGGUCGAGAUACACAACGACUACUGAAUCAUAUAACGAUUCGACUGCUUACGAACCUACCAAAUCUAAGAAUUCUGGAACUACGGAGAAAUAUAACUACGCAGAUCACCAUAAAAGACAAAGAGGACAAAAACACAGGCAUAACGAUAAGAUGGCUUAUCAAUCAGAGGCCUAUGAUCAAAAUUACAACGUUCAAGCUCACCAAGCUGCGACUUACGAGCAUACUGCUCCCGACGAAUCAAUCACUUCCUCAUCGACCGAUCCAUAUUCGCAACCGGGCUCAACCUCGCAUAAUUCUAAUCAACAAGAGUCAAGUAUACCUUUGUCAAACCUAAAUGCUUUCUCUCAAGAGAAUUAUUCAUCAACAAGUAUCAGUUCUACCGAGAAUUAUCCACCACCUCGUGAAACUACAACGAAUUAUAAUACGCCGGUUGCAUCGGAAGAUUAUUCAAAGAGUCAAAAUUAUCCACAAAAUUAUCCGCAAGAAGCAAACUAUCCUAUCGCUUAUGGAAGUCAACUAAAUGACUUGGAUCAAAGUGUUCUUGAGAAAGCUCCGGUCAAUGGAUUUAAUUACCAAGCACAAAACAGCGAGACUCGUAAUCAACCUACUGUUCAGAAAUCUAAAGACUACACCGCUUAUUACGCCGAAAAACUCGACAAUACAGACUUUGGUAUAAGCGGUACUUCGGAAAAUCCGGGAAAUAAAAUUGAUAAAACAACUCAACAAUAUUCUCCAAUUUACGAUGUAGCACCAGUUCAAUCCCAUUCGAAUUAUCCUCUGACCGGUGAUAAUGGUAACUUUGGACAAGUCGAAGAUAGAAAGGUAGAUGAAAGUAGCGUUGUAGCGGAUCCAAAUGAAGAACCGAUAUUCAUCCCUCUUCCACCAGAGAAACAGCAAGUUUAUGAUUUGUUAACACCAUCAACGGAAGAACCAUUAAAUGCUAUGGUAACGCAAACCAGUACAACAACGGAAUCAACUCCAGUUGUAAUACGACAACGUGUUCGCGGUCGUGUUGGUACCCGUACGCAUUCUGAUUCAGUCAUCCAAACUCGUCCAAAAGAGUCGCAAGAUGAGUACGUGCGUUUCAGUGCUGUCAAUCAUCAAGAUUCUCCAAGGUCGUCUAAUGUACAUCGCCACAGAACAAAAUCGAGAUCUCGACCACAAAGUCAAGUCAAAACAAGCGGUUACGAGUAUGUGAAGAUUCAGGCUGGUACGCAAAGACAACGGCCUUUUGUACAGCAAACUACGCCAUCAACAACAAUCGCGAUAAUGACAACGACAACUACGACGACCACGCCGAGGACUACGACAACCACGACUACCGAACAACCAUUAGAAGAAGAUAUUGAUUAUGGCUUUAUAAGACCUCCUAGCUUCCGACCAGUGAAUCCGGUAGACAAUCGAUUCCACGCACCACCUGUUACUUUCAAGCCAAUACUUCCACAAGUAAACAAUUUACCCAUACAGCAGCAGCCUUCUGGCAGUGCUCAAGAGAUUGAAAUAGAAUACGAUCCACCUCCAAGUCAUUCUUUAAAAAAUCGUCCGAAAUAUCACACGACAAAUCGACGACCAUUAAUUAAAUCAACAAUACUGCCUAUUACAACGCCAAUUACAACGACCACAACGGAAAAUAUACCACCGGCAACAUUAAAUCCCGAUAAUUCGGUAUACACGGUAAGACCAAAAUAUAAACCAGAAGAUAUCAAACAGAAUAGAAGUCGCAGCAGAACUCGUCGACCUGGAGGAAGGAAACGCGUAACAACAACUAGCACAACGGAAUCCGGUUUUGAUGCAAAUAACGAAGUACCAUUGGAGGGAAAUUAUCCACGUGUACUUCCAUCACAUCCAGCAGCAAUCAGAGAACAGCAAACUCUUUACGAUGAAAAUUUUGGAAGUCUAUCUCAAUUUGGCGAAACUUAUCAACCGGAUCAAAAUUAUAAACCAGCCACGGAAAAUUAUCCACCACAGGACUUUGUAUUGAACUUUGGAGUGGUAUCUCCCCAAACACAAUUACAACAAGAGGAAUACGAUCAAACUCAACUGGCAAGUAACACUCCUCAAAAGUAUGAUCAUUCAACACAUUCAAAAUCAACGAUAUUGAGCGAUUCACAAGUAAUGCCUGCUGACAUUUACGGAGCCGAAAGUCAAUGGUCUACCAAAUUAUCUCGAACCUCUUUUCAACCAAGCUUUGCAGCUAAUUAUGCUACCGAUGAAUUCAAGGAGGCUCAUACGAAAGAUGGAAAUGUUAAAGAAGUAACUGAUAUUAUUACGGUUCGUCCUGAAAAUUCAGUAACGUACGUGGUUUCCUCGGAAUUAGAGAAUAGCGAUGAAACAAAAUCGAUAAUGAGCGAAGAAGAGUCCAUGAUAAAGGCCACGACGGUAUUUGGACAAAAAAUGAUAGCACGCGAUCAUACAGAAAAUCCAAUGAAACGUCAGCAAAAAGUAAGUUUGAACGAAAAUGUUGAUGAUGAUGAUGAUAAGUGGAGAUCGAAGGAAGAUAAUUUGUCAAGGGAACCUACGGAUAACGAAGACGGUGAGAAAAUACCAAAGAAAACUACGAAUCCUGUUGCAGUCAGAAAGACUAAUAGAAGGAAAAGAGUACGAGUACGAGUUAGGCCAAUCGUCGAUGAUUUCGUAACGGCUGAAUCUCAACAUAUCAACGCUGCUGUUAACAGUCUAACGCACGAUCAAUACAAAUACAAUCCGAUUCGGCAGACAAGGCCUAAUCUAGGUGAAUUUAGUAUUACGAGAUCAACCAAUGACGGUUCGAGACGAUCCGUGUUACAAGAUUUUCUUGAAGAAAUGUUGAAAACUGAUGAAGUUCCAGUAUUGGCAACAUCAACUAGUACGGUAUUACCUUUAAAUGUUUGGCAAACAUCAACACCAAUAACAUCUUCGAUCGAAGAAGAAGAAGAAGAAAAAACAACAAACUACAAAUUUUCACGUAUUACUACCAAUAUACCUACUACAUCGGAAGAAUUGGAAGGAACACGUGACCCUGAAGAAAGUUUAAGAGCUACUACUCAGUAUUACGGUACACGCAUCUAUCCCAAAGAUUCGAUCACGAAGGAUUCCACAGAAAAUAUUCAAUUACCAACAAGUCAAGAAACAGAAACAACUUCCAAUGAUUUCAAUAAUUCCCAAACAACUUUAAAUGAUUUAAACUCUAUCCAUACCGCUUUAGAAACUACACCGAUCACGGACAAGUUAGAAACAACAACAAUAAAACCAAUCGAUACUACAAUAGAGGAUUCUUCUAUUGUUGAUAAUACAAAGACCGAGGAGUCAAGGGACAACGACGAUAUCUCUUAUCUAAAGAAUCACCGUGCUAAAUGGAGCGAGGUGAGAUAUCCAUCAGAUCCUUCAAUAGCCUUAAACCAUUCGCUCUUUUCAACUUGGAAUUACGAUAAAAAUAAGAAAACAGCUGAUUGGAGUAAAAUAUCAACAAAGGAUACAGCGAAUAAAGAAGAAAAAGAUACCGAAAUUAAAAUUCUCUCGGAUUACGUACCAACUGUAUUCGACGAUCUGAAGGGAACCAAAGAAAAUAAUAAGGAGAGGUUCGAUGAGAAAUCAUUGAACAAGGAGAAAAAUAAUAAGGUCGGUACCUCGGAGAAUUCAAGCGAAGACAAUAACGUUAAAACGAAUUCCCCACUGGAAGAUAGUACUAUUAGUGUUAAAAAAGAGAUAAGUCAAGUCGAAGAUCGUUCCACGACGAAAUUGGAGAAAGAAGAAACUCCAACUACGAUCGUUGUUCAAAAUAUUGAUGAUAAUUCAGUUACGUCAGGUUAUCAUUCUAAUCCAACAGUUAUAUUUGAUACCACAAUGCAUGAUAUCCUAUCCAAAGAUGAAUCUAUGGUGACCGUGACACCAACGAGUCUGAUCACGACAACUACAACGACAACGACGACAACAAAACCGACAAUACCAACGACAUCGGAGAUCAGUCAACACAACACAACAGAAACGAUACUUGGUAAAGUGCUGAGAACGUCGACGACAACAAAGGUCUCGCACAUGACCGAGAUUUGCUACAGAGGAAGAUGUGUAAUGACCAAACCAGACCGAGAAAUACGUUUGAGAUGAAAUAAGUCAAAGGAUCAUUGAGAAAUUUAAUUAACUUCAAUGUAGGUUUCUUACUGCGAAGUUCAACAAAUGCAGAAACGUCUUCUUUUACAAUUGAGGGAUGCAUUCGAUGAACAUCGCACAAUUAAUGUUUCAUAUUUAUUUGAAAACCUAGGAAAGAAGCUUGCUUUCGUCGACACCACUUUUCUCGGUUGCCGAAGUGAUAAUCAUAGAAAAGGAAUAUGAUGAAAACAUAAAUAACUACACAUAAAUCCAUAGAAUGUAUAAAAAUCUUAUAAAUGCGAUCAAAUAUCUUACUACUAAUAUAGAUGAAGAAUUUCAUUGCAUCAUACGACGAAUGGUCUGCUCGUAAAAUAGUUAAUUGUGAGCAAUAACACCAAAACGAUAUAAAAAAUAUGAUGUAAAAAUGUAUAAAGGAUUUAGUUAAUUGCAUUCGUCGGAAUCCUGCGAAAUUCCCUAUAUUAAGUGUUUCCAUUAUACAUGUAAGUAUUGUUAAACGGGAUAAGAGUAUACGAAAAAAAAAUAAAAAAAGAAAAGAAGUUGUAGCAACCUUGAACACGAUCAUUCCUACGCACCGUUGUGUGUUGGAAAAUGUAUUUAAUUUAAUUAUUUACUGUCUCCUAUAGUUACGCGUGUAAAUUAAGCGUCAUAAAUAUUUUAAUAAAAUACGAAAAAACA